GUAGAUUCCCUCAAGUCACAGCUGAAGCUCACUCCUAAGGCCAAGCCCAAGCCCAGCCCGAAGCCCAGCCCCAAGCCCAGCCAUGCAUCGAGACGUGGAGGCCUCCAGGAAAGUGGGAGGGACGCUAUGUCUUCAGGCACUGGAGCUGUAACUGUGAAAGCAGCAACACAGGAUGAGAGCAGCAGUGGGCAGGGUGUCACUGAUAGCAGCAGCAGCAGCAGCAGCAGCAGCAGCAGCAGCGGCAUGAAAAGCAGUGAUGUGGUAAGGUUCUUUCUGCCUUGCCCAUGGCAGCCAGUGGGUGAUGGCACUGGUGGAUGGACAUGCUCGGGCAGCCUAAACUUUUCCACGUUGCCCUCCGGAGGCAACGCAGCAGGAUCAGUAGCGGCUUCCAGCACUGAUUCUACAGCUGUGCAAGAAAUACUGGAUGACCCCACUGUAGCGCUGUUUGGAGUGUACAUGCAGGAGGGGUUGAAUCAAGGUCAGCCGGAUAUAUUUGGAGUUCUUCAAAAAGAUGUCACACAAGGAGAGGGUGGUGGUGGGUGAAGAAGCCAAUAAUUGCUUGCAACUGUGCUGCUGUUAAUGUACAAUUAUCGCUCUAAUUUGUUCAGUCAUGAGCAUAAUGGUCCUUG